AGCUAGUAUUGUAUGACUUGAAAUCGUGGGGACGCACUACGGACCAAAGCUUUAGAUCAAGACUUAUAAAUAUUAGUUGAUUAAUAAUUUUUUAAAACUAAAGCGGAAUAGUAUAGUUAAAUUACAAUUUUAUUACAAUUAAAUUCAUUUUCUUUGGCCGUCUUUGACAUUGAUUUUAGUUCGUUAACUUUAUUCAUAUUUGUGUUGGUUUAUUCACUAUGGCAUCCUUUGAUUUGAGCGAAUUGUGUAUGGAUUGGGCGAGGUCUAAUGAGGUUACAGGUCAAGUUAACCUAGACAAUGUCAAGCUACAGGUUGAGAACAUUCAAUGGAGGAUAAAGCCGGAAGAUUUUACCUCAAAUACCGGCUCAAAGCGAAAGCUGUGCAUCAACUACUCACAACACCAUAACGAGAUGUACAGCGAUAUUGAGACGUCCAAAGACUCCAACGUCUCCACCAGUAUCUACCUAAACAAAGGCGUUGUUACAGGCAUAAACAAACGACUUCGACUGCCGUUACAAAACGGCCCUCUUCAGUUAAAAGAACUGAUGGGAGACUUCAUGGACAUAGACCCGGGUAAACCCAUGUCCAGUAAAGAAGAUAACAUGACCCUGACUGUCGCCUCAGCCCAUAAGAUGGCAUGGGGUACUCAGAGAUCCACUCAGGCUGAUGUGUCUACUCAUGAGGAACAUUUUACUGCUACCUUUACCUGUAGAGUUGUCUGUAAGGGUAAGGCGUUAUUCUCCCAUGGCGAUGAAAUCGAUAUCGCUCAAAUCGUAUCUGACCAGCUGUUGACCAGUGGACUGGGCAGGGUGUUGACGGUCAAAAGAAACGACGGUUGGAUCAGAUCUGGACCCCCUGUGUCCUUCUCCUGGGAGCUUGAGGGCGAGUGCGAGAUACACGGAGCCUUUGAGCAAAUCAUUCAGUGGACAUGAGCUAAUGUCUUUGAGUGGACAAGCUAAUUUGUAUUUCUAUAAGCUUUUGUUUUGUUUCACAAUGUAUGUUUAUUUGAGGGUUUGUUAAAAAUCCCUUCCCCCCCCUCCAUUCAGAGUUUUUUCCAGGCAUCCCUUUGGGG